GCCGCCGCCGCCGCCGCCGCCGCCGCCGCCGCCGCCGGGGGAGGGGCGGCCGCCGCCCGCCUGCGCUCAGAGACUCACGCAGUCCCAGUCCCGCCAGUUCGCCAACACUGUAGUGCCGGCCCCCCUUCCUUUCCUGGCCCUUCCCCCUCCCCAGCUUCGGCUCGCUCCGCCUUUCUGCCCCCCACCCCCACCUCACGGGCACGGGCCAUUCCCGGCCAGGAAACGCCGUGGCGCCGCGUUGGGCCUAACUCGAGUCCUGCUGCCUCCCGGGAGUGCCGUGCGCCGCAGCCCGGGCCCAGGCCUGGGACAAGGUCUUCAGAACUACUGGCAGAUAAUUUUGGGGGACUUCAUAUUCAGAGGUCUAUAAAAAGGAUUCCUCAUGUCCAUAACAUGUUGGUUGAGGCUCUGCAGCUCACCCCCACUCUCAGAGUGGCCAGUCUCUGAUAAUUGGACCCCGUGAUUUCCACUUCCUGCUGUGUUGGACGUCAUGAGCAUUGCAAUCCCUCUGGGAGUCACCACACCAGAUACAUCCUACUCAGAUAUGGCUGCUGGAUCAGAAAAGGAAGUGGAAGCCCCCUACCUUUCAAGACGAAGUGGCACUACACCAGGAUGUGAAAGUCCAGCGAAAGAGACCCAAGGGGCCUAGGGGGCAGCACACCCCCAGAAGCCAAGUCUAUUCCAGGCAGUACCAGGGAUUAGGGUCUGGGCUGGAAAAAUCCUGGUGUUUUGAAUAUGUUCAGGUCCAGUUCAGACUCUUGAUCCCACAGCCACUUCUUGAGUGAGGGUAUCCUGUCUUGGUAGUGAAUGGAAGAGGGCCUGGUCCCUGGGGCAGUGCAGAAGGCACUUUCAUCAUCUCACUCACUGCAAAUGUCAUGUGAGGUUUCAUGGAAGUAUUAAGAGAUCCAAUUAAGAAGAAUAGUUCUGAGUCUAAACCAGCCCAGAGUGGCUUCUCUAGGGGAAACUCCCUGCUCAGCUGCCCUGAAUCUGUGGAGGCUAGUCCAGCAGUUAAUGAGAAGAGCGUGUAUUCCACUCAUAAUUAUGGGACCACUCAGAGACAUGGGUGUCGAGGACUGCCUUAUGCUGAUCAUAAUUACGGAGCCCCUCCUCCUCCGACACCUCCUGCUUCUCCCCCUGUCCAGACGAUCAUCCCCCGUUCUGACCUGAAUGGCCUGCCGUCGCCCGUAGAGGAACGCUGUGGAGACAGCCCGAACUCUGAAGGAGAGACUGUUCCUACCUGGUGUCCUUGUGGUCUUUCUCAGGAUGGCUUCCUUCUCAACUGUGACAAGUGCAGGGGAAUGAGCAGGGGGAAGGUUAUUAGACUUCAUCGGCGGAAGCAGGACAACAUAUCAGGUGGGGAUAGCAGUGCAACAGAAAGCUGGGAUGAGGAGCUUUCUCCUUCCACUGUGUUGUAUACAGCAACACAGCACACACCUACAAGCAUCACCUUAACUGUUAGAAGAACCAAACCCAAGAAGCGGAAAAAGAGUCCAGAAAAGGGUCGUGCAGCACCAAAGACGAAGAAAAUCAAGGCAUUUCGAGAGGGAUCCCGGAAGUCCUUGCGGAUGAAGAAUUCUCCUUCUGAAGCACAGAAUUUAGAUGAGAAUACAACUGAGGGAUGGGAAAAUCGGAUAAGACUAUGGACUGAUCAAUAUGAAGAAGCCUUCACUAAUCAGUACAGUGCAGAUGUACAGAACGCCCUUGAACAACAUCUACAUUCUAGCAAGGAAUUUGUGGGCAAACCUGCUAUUUUAGACACUAUUAAUAAGACUGAAUUGGCCUGUAAUAAUACAGUUAUUGGUUCCCAAAUGCAGCUACAGUUGGGAAGAGUCACUCGUGUUCAGAAGCACCGGAAGAUCCUGAGGGCUGCAAGAGAUUUGGCUUUGGACACUCUUAUAAUAGAGUAUCGAGGCAAAGUCAUGUUACGGCAGCAAUUUGAGGUCAAUGGACAUUUCUUCAAAAAACCAUACCCCUUUGUGCUCUUCUACUCAAAAUUCAAUGGUGUAGAGAUGUGUGUGGAUGCACGUACUUUCGGUAAUGAUGCUCGGUUCAUCAGAAGAUCAUGUACACCAAAUGCAGAGGUGCGACACAUGAUUGCAGAUGGGAUGAUUCACCUCUGUAUCUAUGCUGUGUCUGCCAUCACCAAGGAUGCUGAGGUCACCAUAGCAUUUGACUAUGAGUACAGUAACUGCAGUAAUUAUAAAGUGGACUGUGCAUGUCACAAGGGGAACCGGAAUUGCCCUAUACAGAAAAGGAAUCCCAGUGCUGCAGAACCGCCACUUCCACCUCCUCCAAGCCUCCCCACCAUCGGAGCAGAGACAAGACGUAGAAAAGCACGACGGAAAGAGCUAGAGAUGGAGCAGCAGAAUGAGGCUCCAGAAGAGGAAAACAACCAGCAGCCAGAGCAAAUUCCUGAGAAAGUAAUGGUAUCCAGUGACCAUGAGGCAAUAGACAAUCCAGAAGAAAAAGCAGAAGAAGAGAAAGAAGAGAUUACAGAUGACCAGGAGAACCCAGCUCAUAGCAAGAGGACCCGGGAAGAUAGGAAGGUUGAAGCCAUCAUGCAUGCUUUUGAAAACUUAGAAAAAAGAAAGAAGCGGCGGGAUCAGCCCUUGGAACAGAGCAACUCUGACAUAGAGAUUACUACCACCACCUCAGAGACUCCUGUGGGAGAGGAGACAAAAACUGAAGCCCCUGAACCUGAAGUUAGCAACCCUGCUUCAAACAUUGCCAUCCCAAGCAACCCACAGAGUGUUGGAGUGAACACCCGGAGGUCUUCCCAAGCAGGGGAUGUUGCUGCCGAAAAACCAGUCCCCAAACCACCUCCAGCAAAGCCUUCUAGGCCCCGACCGAAGAGUCGAAUUUCUCGGUACCGGACCAGUUCAGCCCAAAGACUAAAGCGUCAGAAGCAGGCCAUUGCACAGCAGGCAGAGUUAUCACAAGCUGCCUUGGAAGAGGGGGGAAAUAACAGCUCAGUAACUCCUACUGAAGCUGGAAAUGUAGACAGUUCAGGAGAAAACAGGCAAUUAACAGGGUCUGACCCAACUGUGGUGUCAGUUACUGGAUCCCAUGUCAACCGUGCUGCAUCUAAAUACCCCAAAACCAAAAAGUAUCUAGUUACAGAGUGGUUGAAUGACAAAGCAGAGAAGCAAGAGUGCCCUGUUGAGUGCCCUUUACGUAUCACCACGGACCCAACUGUACUGGCAACGACCCUGAACAUGUUACCCGGUCUUAUCCAUUCCCCGUUAAUUUGCACCACCCCCAAACACUACAUUCGCUUUGGCUCACCCUUUAUCCCUGAGAGGCGUCGAAGGCCGCUUCUGCCUGAUGGCAUGUUCAGCUCCUGUAAAAAGCGCUGGAUAAAGCAAGCCUUGGAAGAAGGGAUGACCCAGACAUCAUCUGUACCCCAAGAGACUAGAACUCAGCACCUAUACCAAAGUAAUGAGAAUAGUAAUUCUUCUAGUAUCUGCAAAGACAAUGCAGACUUGUUGAGCCCAUUAAAGAAAUGGAAAUCUCGCUAUCUGAUGGAGCAGAAUGUUACCAAGUUACUGCGGCCUCUUUCUCCAGUCACACCACCCCCUCCCAAUCCAGGCUCAAAGAGCCCCCAGCUGACCACACCUGGCCCAUCUCACCCAGAAGAGGAGUGUCGAAAUGGAUACAGCCUCAUGUUCUCACCAGUCACGUCUCUUACUACUGCUAGUCGCUGCAAUACUCCUCUGCAAUUUGAGAACAUAUCCUCCCCUGAGAGUUCCCCUGCGAAUAGGCCCGAGUCCCUGUCACCCGAGCUUUGUCACCGAAAAGACCUGGACUUGACAAAAGUAGGCUACCUUGACUCCAACACUAACAGCUGUGCUGACAGACCUUCCCUGAUAAGCUCGGGUCAUUCUGACCUGGCUCCUCAUCCCUCUGUCGGACCCACCUCUGAGACUGGCUUUACAAGCAGGAGUGGAGAUGGACAUCAGACCCUUGUGAGAAACUCGGACCAGACAUUUCGGACAGAGUUUAACUUGAUGUAUGCCUACUCCCCAUUGAACGCUAUGCCUCGAGCAGAUGGAUUGUAUCGAGGGUCUCCCCUAGUAGGGGAUAGGAAGCCUUUACAUUUGGAUGGGGGCUAUUGUUCCCCUGCAGAAGGGUUUCCCAGCAGAUAUGAGCAUGGUUUUAUGAAAGACCUCUCUCGUGGAUCCAUGUCACCUGGUGGCGAAAGGGCUUGUGAGGGAGUCCCAUCUGCCCCCCAGAACCCACCACAGAGGAAAAAGGUAUCCCUGCUGGAGUACCGCAAACGGAAACAGGAAGCCAAGGAAAAUUCUGCUGGUGGGGGAGGUGACUCUACACAGAGCAAAAGCAAGUCUGCAGGAGCUGGGCAAGGCAGCAGUAACUCACUUUCUGACACUGGUGCCCAUGGUGUGCAGGGAUCCUCAGCCCGAACCCCAUCUUCCCCUCACAAAAAGUUCUCCCCAUCUCAUUCCUCUAUGUCUCAUUUGGAGGCCGUAAGCCCAUCGGAUUCCAGAGGCACUUCAUCUCACUGCAGACCUCAAGAGAGUAUCAGCAGUAGGUGGAUGGUUCCCACAUCAGUAGAACGACUCCGAGAAGGAGGGAGCAUCCCCAAGGUCCUCCGAAGCAGUGUGAGGGUGGCCCAAAAAGGAGAGCCUUCUCCCACGUGGGAGAGUAACAUCACAGAAAAAGACUCAGACCCUGCAGAUGGUGAAGGCCCAGAGACACUGAGCUCAGCACUCUCUAAAGGAGCAGCCGUUUACAGCCCUUCCAGAUACAGCUACCAGCUCCUGCAGUGUGAUAGUCCACGGACAGAAUCACAAAGCCUCCUUCAACAGAGUUCCUCCCCCUUUAGAGGACAUCCCACCCAGUCUCCGGGAUACAGUUAUCGAACUACUGCACUGAGACCUGGGAACCCCCCUUCUCAUGGUUCUUCAGAAUCCUCCCUCUCUUCCACGUCCUAUUCCAGCCCUGCCCACCCUGUGUCCACAGACUCGUUGGCCCCAUUUACGGGGACACCAGGGUAUUAUAGCAGCCAGCCACAUUCUGGAAACAGCACCGGCAGCAGUCUUCCAAGGAGGAGCUGCCCUUCUAGUGCUGCUAGCCCUACCCCGCAGGGCCCCUCAGACUCGCCGACCUCAGACUCGGUUUCCCAGUCCAGCACAGGAACUCUGAGUUCCACCUCCUUUCCUCAGAACUCUAGGUCGUCAUUGCCAUCAGACUUCCGGACUAUCAGUCUGCCCAGUGCUGGGCAGUCAGCUGCCUACCAGGCCUCCAGGGUAUCUGCGGUUUCCAAUUCACAGCACUACCCACAUCGAGGGAGUGGGGGUGUGCACCAGUACCGGCUCCAGCCACUGCAGGGGUCAGGGGUCAAGACUCAGACAGGACUUUCCUAGGGCUUCUGGAUUUGGGCAAACAGAACUUGAAUGAGCCCAUAGCUGCUUCCUUCCAGCUGCCUCUGGAACCUAGGCCGAGCAUAUUGCUGGGGGAGGGGGUACAAGGUGCCAGAGGAUUGGGUCUGGUCAACAAGAAACAAGACUUGUGGUCGUGACUGGCUCUGGCCUUGGAGAAAGAUGUAAAUCUUGUCUGAAGCAGAGACUAUAAAGAAGUUUCUCCCUGCUGUUAAGGGUACAUUGUUGACAAGCAAAUGGUGUUUCGGUUAGUAAUGGUUCUAAGUGCAAUGAGUUGUGUUGAAGCCUCCGUCUCCCAUCCUUGCCUGUAUCCUGUAGUCACUUGUGCAGUGAGGACAUCUUUUUAAAUCAAAAAAAAA